AUGGCUAACGAGAACAAAGUAAGCCUGCAGCUAUUGAUCGACAGGAAAGCGAACAAAGUCCUUUUUGCAGAAGAUGGAAAAGAUUUUGUGGAUUUCCUCUUCACCCUCCUUUCGUUGACAGUAGGUACUGUAAUUAGGCUGCUCAAACAACCAGCAAUGGUUGGCUGUAUAGGAAAUCUUUACGAGAGCCUUGAAAACCUCAAUAAAGCUUACAUGCAACCAUAUCAAAGUAAGGAUUCACUUCUGAAACCCACUGUGCUAUUAACGCAGCUCGCAAAUGUGCCUCUCUUGCUGCCUGACACUGAUCAUCUACAACCUGAGGCAAGACGAAAGGGAUAUGGUUGUUCUUAUUGUUAUCACAACCGGUGUGUUACUGAUCAGAGAGUGUCACCAAUGUCAAUGAUCUCUGGUGUUGCUCUGCUGAACAAGUUUAGUGUUAAGGGUUUUUGUGGACUAAACGAGAAAAUGGUUGAGUUUGGCAUUGAUGAGGGUCUGGAAUUGUUGAAGGCUUCUCUCCAGUCAAAAGCAGCUCUUACUAAUGUCUUCCUCGCUAAGAAUGAGAUCAAGGAUAAAUGCUCCUGA